AUGACUUCCGGCUCGGCAGAUGAGAUCCUGGCCCUCGAUGUCCAGAUUCUGAUCGACUCUCUGAACCAGGAUGAGAACAGCAAAGGGGGGGGAGAAGAAGAGGGACCUGCCGGAGGCGCCGCGGCGGCGGGCGGCGAGUGGAUGGACUCGGGAAACGAGUCUUUGCCAAAAGAAGGAAGCGUGAUCGAGGUCCAUGUUGUCGAGCUCUCAUCGACAGGGGAUGGCCUAGCCUUGCAGGAGGGAUCCAAGAGAAUCUAUGCCGUAGGCUUUGUCGUGCCGGGCGACACCGUCAAAGUGAAAGUGUUCCGACAUUUUCAGGAAGAGAAGUACACCAUCGCCGACUUCAUCUCCGUCGUCAACCCAUCCCCUUUGCGCGAUGACGAGCGUAUCCGGUGCAAGCACUUCGCCACCUGCUCGGGGUGUCAGUUCCAGAUGCUCGACUACAACGACCAGCUGAGACUCAAGAAGCGUAUCGUCGAGAGGGCCUUCCGUAACUUCUCCCAGCUGCCGCCUGAGCUAGUCCCGGCAGUCCAGGAUACUAUCGGCAGCCCGCUCCAGUACGGCUACCGUACCAAGCUAACUCCUCACUUUGACGGCCCCCCGAACUGGCGCCAGGGUGUUCCUUUCAAGGCGUGCCCUCCCAUCGGCUUCAUGCGUAAGGGCACGCGCACCACCGUCGACAUCGAAGAUUGCCCCAUAGGUACCGAUGUCGUGCGCCUCGGCAUGCGCCGCGAACGCGCCCGCAUGGCCGCCGAAUACUCUAACUAUAUACGUGGCGCCACCCUCUUGCUCCGCGAAACCACGAAGCGUAUCCCCAAGCCCGGCUUCGAGAAUAUUAUUAAGGCCGGCAUUGAGGAUGAACCGCCACUCUCACCGCGAUCUAAGAGGGAGUCAGCAGUUGCUGUCGCGAGAGAAUCGCCCCCCGACGACACCGACCUGGUUAUAGUCGACACGAACGAAUAUACGGACUUGAAGACGUGUAUAACGGACAACAACGCCAUCUCAACCGAGUACGUGGGCCCGUACGUUUUCCACAACCCCGCCGGCUUCUUCUUCCAGAAUAACAACUCGAUCCUCCCAACCUUCACCGACUACGUGCGACAGCAUAUCUUCCCCCCUCCCCCCUCCACCCCCACCACCACCUCCACAAAGGACCCCCUCUCCUCUCCCUCCUCCUCGCCUGCCUCACCCGACUCCCCCAUCGAGUUCCUCAUAGACGCGUACUCGGGGUCCGGGCUCUUUACCAUCACGCUGUCGUCGGUGCUGCGGGGCGGCAGCGUCGGGGUCGACAUCGCGCCGGCGUCGAUCGCGUUCGGGGUGCGGAACGCCCGCGCCAACGGCCUGGCGCCGGGGCGGGCGCGCUUCGUCGCGGCCGACGCGCACACGCUGUUCACGCCGGAGCUGCGCGCCGCCUGCCCGCCCGACCGCUCCGUCGUCGUCGUCGACCCGCCGCGCAAGGGCUGCGACGACGCCUUCCUCGGCCAGCUGCUCGCCUUCGGCCCCCGCCGCGUCGUCUACGUCAGCUGCAACGUCCACACCCAGGCCCGCGACGUCGGCGUGCUCGUCCGCGGCGAGCAACCCCGCGACGCCGACGACGACGCCGCCGCCGCCGCCACCGGCCGCCCCCCCGUCCGCUACGCCAUCGAGAGCCUCCGCGGCUUCGACUUCUUCCCCCAGACCGGCCACGUCGAGGGCGUCGCCGUGCUGAACCGCGUCGACGCCGACGAGGUCCCCUAG